AUUUCUGUGCAAGUCGCCUCCAGGACAACAAAUGAGCAGCAAAAUUAUUUUUACGAUUUUUAUCUUCACAAGUGCAUCGACUUUACAUUAUAUCGUGUCACUGAUUUUAUCUGUGGUACUGUGUAGUUCUGGCUGUUUUCAGGGACCUCCUCUGCCUAACAAACCAUUUAUAACCGUAUGGAACACACCUACGGAUCGAUGUGAACCAGAAUGGAACAUCUCUUUAGAUCUGAGUGCUUUUGACAUCGUGGUGAACAAAGACCAGAAGUGGUGUGGAGAAUACAUCGUUAUAUUCUACGACACACAACUUGGAUUGUAUCCGUAUUUUGACAGCAAUGGAAAAGCUUUCAACGGUGGUGUACCUCAGGUAGCGGACUUGUUGUAGGGUUGUUUUUUUGGCUUGCAACUACGUGACAACGUGACAACGGAGAAUUUGAGAAAAAAAAAAAAAAGAAAGAAAAGGUUAAGAUACAAGCGAAGGGAAACGCUUUUGUUAUUUAUCAACCAACAUGGCAGCCAUGAAGUCACCUGCAAAUUUGCAGCAGCUAAAUUGACAAAUUCAUUAAUUUCACCCAGACUUAUCCCGAAAAGGAGAAAUAGAGGUUACUAGGCACUAAGCUUUUUCCUUAAUUGCAACUCUACUGCCUGGUUAGCUCAGGUGGGAGAGUAGCCUACAGCUAGUGCAGGCAUAUUUUGGAAGGGCGAAAGCUGCUUGUGUAUGUUCGUAUUGCUGCCGCCGUGAUGUUUGAUUUUAUGACAGAGGAAGAUUGGGGAGAGCAGAAAUAGUAACCCUUAGGGUAGGUGCUAUGGAACUUAUUCCCAACAGCCUUCACUGCAGGCUAUUGGGAGAGCAUAAGUCUGCCAAGGAGGAGGUUGAGGGUUCAAACCACUCAGGGUCUUUAAACAACUGAGAAGAAAGUGCUGCCCUUCUGUCAGACUUUUUAGUUUUCUCAGAUUAGGACGAAAAAUCGUACAGGUCCAGGUUCACAACACUUUCACAUAUCUGGUUCUUGUGGGAUGUAAAAGAACCCACACCACUGUUCGAAAAGAGUGAGGGGACAUACAUGUACAUGUAGACCCCGGUGGGGUGACAAACCUUUCCUGGACUGGGUGAGUUAUCUGUAAGGAGAGAUCUUAAAAUAGCGAUUCCUCCUUUAAGAGUCGCAAUGGCUACCUGCAAACAGUGUAACUGUACGUGUGCAGGGCUAUCAUUAAGAGGCGGGGGCCAGGGAUUUCCCCCGGCUACUAUGAACAUGGCCCCCUGCUACUUUCAAAGGAAAAUAAAAGAAAAAAUAGAUCCAAAAGAAACCCUAGUUGUUUGGUUCCCCGCCUACUUGUUGUAUUUAUAACCUGCAACUUGAAAUCUUAGUGACAACCCUGCGUGUAUGCUGGCUUUAAGGUACACAGUGGUCUUUUUUUUUCUUUUUAUGUGAUAGCUUGGAAAUCUUACAGCACACUUAUUAAAAGUAGAGCAAGAUGUAGCAAAUAUCAUUCCUGAUAAUGAAUUUCAAGGUAUUGGUGUGAUUGACUGGGAAUACUGGAGACCUGUGUUUGACAGAAACUGGGAUAAACUCUCCAUCUAUAGGUCUGUCAGAAUUUUGUUCUGUCUUUAAAUAGUUGAACACUUUGAUUGUUGAGCCUUUAUAUAGGGUACUAUUUCCAAAGAAAUCAAAGUCGCGACACUUGCUGUUAAUGAAGCAAAGAUCUUAGGGAUUAAAGCACCGAUCACAUUCCUAUUCCAAUCAAGACUGGUAAAAAAUCUGCCCAAAAAUAAUCCGAGUUUUUGCUUUGCUUAUUAAAACUGUUGCUUUCUUGAUUUUCUCGUUUCCAGCGUCGUUGUGGUUGCACUAAGCUCACUAGUAGCAUAAUUUACCACGCAAAAUUUGUUCUUGAUAUUAUUGAAUAUUUCACCCCCCAAAAAGCUAAUUUGGUGGAAAGCACGUGACAAAAUUGGCAUCCACAGGUACCCAUUCAGAGGCUCAUUAUGGGUAUUCUACAUUAGUAAUAUUAAUCUAAGAUAGGCUUGGUUGUGUUUCUCCUCAGUGAAGAAUUUCAAUUAUUGCAAUUUGUCCAAUUCACUUUUGCCAGAUUAUUUUAACAAAAUCAGAGAAGAUUAAGAUUAAUUUGAAUUUUUGGUGUUGGUACGAUCUUGUUACUGCAGUUGUAAACUGAAGAACACCUAAUUCCAGUUUAUUGCCUGAGACCAACUAAGUGAAUAAUUUAUAGUUAUGAAUGAUUGCAUUGGUAUAUCUAAAAUCAGAAUCAAUCAAUAAAAAUCAAACUCAUCCAUUCCAUCGAUCAAUUGAUUCAGUUGAAUGAAUUAAUGAAUGAAUGAAAAGAGAGAAAAUUAAUGACCAAAUUUGUCCUUGUUAAUUCUGGAGUUAAGUAUAAGUUGGCACUUAGAGAACUUAAGUGAUGCAAAAUGACAAAAUUGCUUAUUUUUCAAUUUGUAGGAACAAGUCUAUGGAACUGGUCAAACAGAAACACCCUUUGUGGCCAGAUAGUUUAGUUGAAGACAUAGCUAGAGUAGAGUUUGAAACAGCAGCCCGAGAAUUCAUGGAAGAAACUUUGCUGCUUGUUCAGAAACUUCGCCCAAAGUCCUUGUGGGGAUUUUAUGGAUUUCCAAAUUGUUACAAUGACAAAGAUGCUGACAAUUGCAGUCAAGUCACCAUGAAGUACAAUGAUCAAAUUUCUUGGUUGUUUGAGUGGAGUUCAGUGCUGUUUCCAUCAAUAUAUCUUCAUGACAAGGCAAAACUGAAUGGCACAUUGUUUGUGAAGUACAGGCUUCUGGAAAGCUUUAGAUUCGCUAAGAAGUUGGAUGGAAGUCCCAUUCCUGUGUUCCCGUAUGUUCGAAUAACAUAUGCAGUAUCCCAGGUGUACCUCAAUGUGGUAAGUCAAUUAAUGUUUAUCCUCAGUGGUAUUUUUAUAAGCACUAGUGCUUGUAAGUGAGGUUAGGUAAAUGCCUGAAACAAAUAAUUUAAAUCAAACAUAAUGGUGUUAAGACCCCAACAAUUAACUGGCCUAAGGCAAACCAGCUGGCUACAUUGUAUUUUCAAGAAUGGUCGAGGAUUUGAUUUCAGGACAAUUAACCAACAGGUUGGGAUCCACACCAGUUUCCACCCUUUUACGAAAAUUGGUCAGAUUUUUCAUGAUAAAUAUAUUUUCAACUAUGAUAGAACUUUUCAAGUAGAAAUCUGCAAAAUGGUCUGGACAAAUAUUCUCUUUUUCCAGUUUCUGAGCAUUAGAUGUGCCCUCAAUAAAUCUGAAACCUGGGAAAGAGAACUUCCAAAAAAAAUUCCCAGAGUUACAUUCCCCCGGGCUCCCCUAGAAGCUUGCUCCCUCAGCCCGUCAUUAAUAGGAAAUCGUUCAGUAUUUAUACUAGAUCCUCGCCUGACCAAUUAAGAACAAAUCCAGCUAGUGGUCAUGGAGGGACUUGAAUGUGGGGCCUCUGAAUUGCAAGUCCAGCGAUUUAACCACUUGGUCAUGCUGUCUCCUAAUUAAUUGUGAAGAAUUGGAGAAAUUUUACACCAGAAAGCCCACAACAAAUUUCGAGAGCCUCCAGGUGAAAAUUAGACCGCAAGCAGUUGUCCUUCUUUCCUCAGAGCCACCCACAGUGAGCAAAAAGCUGAAAUAAUGUCCUCGCAUUCUUCCAUGUCUCAAAAGAAAAACAUCAAGAGACUGCUCGCAGUCUACAUGUAGGUGAAAAUUGAACGCAUGACCCUUCAAGUGCUAAAUUGGAGCCUUUAACUACUGAGCUACACUGUGUGUAUACUGGAGUCUCUGGGCCUAUCAUGCCUUCUUAGGAUUUGCUGUAUGGGUACCCAGAUUAAAAGCAUAAUUAUUAUAAAUUCUCUUUGAUUGUAAAUUUUAGCAGGACUUGUUUGGCCAAGAUGGGUAGAUGUUGGCUUCAAUUUUUUUUCUUUGUGCUUGUUUUUAUUGGCCUUGAUGACAUAUUUUAAAAAAACUUGGCCUGUAUCCAGGCCUUGGCCAAUAUUGCAUAAUUAUGUGCAUGUGUCAGUAUUGCUUCAUGCUUAUAAAGUCCAUUUCGUAAAUGCAUGUAUAAAAUAAUGUUAAUAAAAUAAUGUUCAUGGCUCAAGGAUCAAUGUAGAAAGUUGCUGCACUACAUUGUCUUGUGGACCAGCAGUUUUUUUCCCAUACAAACCAUUACAAUCUUAGUCUUUUGUGCAAAUCACCCAGUCAAAAUUGGCUUUCAAGCCAUAAUAUUGAUUUCUUUUCACAUGACAUUGUGAGUUGCAAACGGCCUACUCCCAGCAGCCAAGUUGCUUGCUCCACCUCCUCCCUCCUUCCAAAACACACCCUCUCCACCACUUUCAAGGUAUAGCAUUGUUAUUGUUGUUAUCUAAUUGACAGGCUGAUAUAAUGUCAACAAUAGUACAGUCUGCAGAACAAGGAACUGCUGGGGUUGUAAUCUGGGGAGACCACCAUUCUGAGGCCACCAAAACUGACUGCACUGAAAUAAAGAACUACAUUGACAAUUUUCUGGGACCUCUUGUUAAAAGCAUCACUGCCAUAGCGCAGAAUUGCAGUCAGGAGUUUUGCAAUUUACAUGGAAGGUGCAAAUUUCAGUUAAAUCCUGAUUUAUAUUUCAAAGCAUCAAGUCUUGAGGUUAACCUACAUUUUUUGUCUGAUCAAUGGAAAUUUUUGAGCUGUCAUUGCUAUAGUGGAUGGAGUGGAGAAGACUGCAGGCAUCACCUUUUAUAAGUGUAAACAAAUACC